GGUAAUUACGAAUUAGGCCUCAAAUGCUGUCACUUUUUCUCCCCUGCAAGUAGUUUCUUCGUCUCCCUUCUCUGCCAAGUCUCUCGUCACAUCAGUUAUCACUCAGCAGUCUCCACUCGCCGGACACGACCUCCGAUGCUUUUAACUAUUCAGAAGUCGUAACAGUUAGUUUCAUUUCUUCGUUCCAUUGGUUUUCUCCACCGGCAACUACAAGCCACCAGCGGUGGAGGUUGUUGUUGCAGCUGCUUCACGGGGCAUGCUCUUGAGUUCCGCUUUGAAGAGAUUUUGAAGCAAACGAAAAGCAUGGACUACCUUUCGAAUGCAUUUUCUGUGUUGGACCUUGAUGCUGAAGAUGAUCAAGUGGAUGUUGUAGCUUCUCCCUCCAUUUCUACUUCCUCCAAAGCUACACCAGUCUCUACAAAUAACACAGAAAGCAGUAGGAACAAGCUAAAUGGAUCUGUCUCUGGUUUGGGGUUAGAAAAAGAGAAACAGCAUGAACAAAAUCUAGUCACAUCUUCAACAGCGUACAAAAUGCCUCUUGUUUGGAUCGACAUGGAAAUGACCGGUUUGAAUAUUGAAGUUGAUAGAAUACUGGAGAUUGCUUGUAUUAUCACUGAUGGCAAUUUGACUAAAUCGGUGGAGGGUCCAGAUUUGAUCAUCCAUCAAAGUAAGGAGUGCUUGGAUCAGAUGGGAGAAUGGUGUCAAAGUCAUCAUGCAGCUAGUGGUUUGACAGAUAAAGUGCUGCAAAGUUCAGUGAGUGAAAGGGAAGCUGAGAAGCAGGUUAUUGAAUUUGUCAAGAGACACAUCGGUACAUACACCCCACUUUUGGCAGGAAACUCUGUGUAUGUGGAUUUCCUAUUCCUAAAGAAGUACUUGCCGGAUUUGGCUAGUCUCUUCUCCCAUGUCGUCGUUGAUGUUAGUAGUGUCAAGGCAUUGUGCAUUCGUUGGUAUCCCAGAGAUCAGAAGCGAGCGCCUCCAAAGGAAAAUAAACAUAGAGCAAUGGAUGAUAUUAGAGAGAGUGUUAGGGAGCUCAAAUAUUACAAGGAGAACAUAUUUAAGGCAAGGUCCAAGAAGUGAUCUUUAAAGCAUCAGUAUAUGUAAAGAGGCUUGCCAUAUUUAAAUGUAUUUUGGGUUGAAAUGUUCUUUUUCAAUACAUGUAAUUUAGUUCCAACAAGCUCAGUUUCUGUUUGCAUGGAUUAUGCAUCAAUAUUUUUCAUUACGGGGUGAGCAUAUGUUUGGUAUGAUUUGAAAAUUUUUUAAACCUAUCGAACCUAACUGAACUGCAAAUUUUUAUUUAGGAUUUUUUAGGUUUAAAUUGAUUAAUAUGAUGAAACUCAAGUCAUAUUGCCUUAUUAA